GAACUCUGGACAAAGAAGGUACUUCUCAGGUGCAAUAGUUCGGGUCCCCUCUUUCCUCUUGCUAUAUUUACAGGAUGUUGGUUGGCUUGAUCCGAAAUGUGUACACUCAAGUGUAGGCGGUCAAGUUGUAGUAAUAAUCCGGUUAAGUCCGGAGUCGAAUCCACAGGGAACUAUUGUUGGUGUUUCGAAGUAA